AUGCCAUCGCCGGAUAAGCUUCAUUUGCCGACACGGCUUACGUCGCACCCAUACAAAUUAUAUAGAUUUAAAAUAAAUUAUAACGGACUACCACAGAAUGAUAAUGUGUCCUGGUCCACUGCCUUUGCCUGUCUAGUCACUUUGCUCCUGCUGCUCGUCAACAUGGGCAAUGUCACCAGCAGACCCGACGAGCAGGCUGCGGCCCUCUACCUCAGGGACCAGAAUCGACUCACCAUUUCUUCCAUCAUCGUUACCAAUCCGCGGAAACGCGCCUCUGUCCACGUCACGCCGAAUGCCUUCCCUGCUACCAAGCUGUCCGUUAGCCGGACGGGUGGUGAGCAGGCCCCCGUAGAAUUUGUCCAAGAUCCUGAACCCGGCGCUUCGGGUUUCUUGCUCAAGCUCACCAGCGACGACGAGCUCAUCUUCACAUUCACCUUUGUCCUGCGUCAGCCUUCGGCAAACCAGCCCGCCUCCCCUCCUCCCGAUGCGACUGCCGCUGCCCUCGAUACCACCAUAUCUGGACUAACAUUUGUCUGCGGCUCUACCUCUCGCGAAGUCGAAAACCUCGUAACACGCGAGUUUCUUGCCAACCCAAACCUUCACAAAAACGACAACGUCGCUCUCGUCGGAGACUACUCGACUAGCGGCAGCUCUUCCGUCACAUUUGAAUGGACUUGGAAAUGGAAGCCCCCAAAGCCCGUUGAGGACAGGACCGGCGGCUGGAGAAACUCUUGCAGUUUUGUUGAGUAUGAUUCGCGCGCGCACCGCCUGCACGCCCUCGCCAGCUUCUCUUUCUGGGUAGCAUCCUCUCCCGUCUACGCCAGUCAGCCAAACUCGCCAACUCCCGGUUUUCUACUCGGCUCUCCCCCAAAGAUUCGUGUCGCUUCCGCCCAAUCAGUAGAUUCUCGCUUGCACUCCGACGUUGAUGAGGUGCCAUUAUCUCCGCUACCGGGUGCACUAGAAACCUUUUCGCUACCGAUACCACCCCAGUUACAGGAGCCCUACAAGGUCGACCUUGCUUGUCCGAGACCUGGCGAGGAUGUGUCAGUGUCGGAUGAUGGUCCCGUCUUCCGCGCCACUCUGAAAGCCCUCGAGCAAAAGACUGGCAACAUGCGCACCCAAAUGAAGAGGGUUCUCAAACGGGCCGAGCAGGCGCAUACUAGUCAACUUGAGGCCAAUGAAGCUUUGGUUGCUUUCAUGGACGCUUUGCGCGAAGCGUCCACUACCAACGCCAAUGCAGUCCAACCUGCGCUCGAGCACUAUUUUGACAAGAUUGCCCGAGAAAUUCUUAGCUACGACCGUCAAAAUGCUGCCAAUCUGCAAAGGAUUAUCAUUGAUCCUAUCAAUAAGCUCUACCAGCUUGAUAUCAAGCAAGCAGAAUCGAAGAAGCGCGACUUUGAGGAGGAAAGCAAAGACUACUACUCUUACGUAUCGCGGUACCUUGGCCAACGCCACGACUCGGUCAAGGCCAAGAAGCUUGCUGACAGCGACUCCAAGUAUCAAAAUAAGAGACGCAACUUUGAGCUUAAGCGAUUUGAUUAUUCCAGUUUCAUGCAGGACUUGCAUGGCGGACGCAAAGAGCAAGAAGUUUUGUCCCACCUAACCAAGUACGCCGACUCACAGACCAAAGGUUUCCUCGCCACGGCAAAGAAGAUAGAGGCUCUUCUGCCGCAGCUUGACGCGUUGUCCUCCGAAGUCACCGAGGCCGACAAAGAAUACCAAUAUCAACGACGAGAACGCGAAGAAAAGCGACGCUUGCUGGAAAAGAGUAACACUCCCUAUCUGGAGCCGGAACAUGCAAGCCUUGCCCCUGCCCCGCCUCUGACCGCGUCUUCUAAUGGUAACACGGGCCAUAAUUCUGACUCGGAGUUGGGCAGGGCCGAUAGCACCGGCUCCCAACUCAAGUCAACAUCUUUGGGCGGGCAGACCAGUACCUCUGGUGUCGAGUUGGUCAACCCCCCAGGCCUGCCCUCAGCCGUAGCGAGUCCCUCUCAAAGCACCAAAUUCAAGGGUUACCGCGACUUGGAGGAACCAAACCCCUCGCAGGACUCCGUCCCGCAGCGCAAAGAAGGACUCCUCUGGGCGCUGAAUCGUCCGGGUGGCCAUGUCGAUCCUCGAAACCUCAACAAACAGGGCUGGCACAAGUUCUGGAUUGUGCUUGACCAAGGCCAACUGUCAGAAUACAGCAACUGGAAGCAAAGAUUAGAUCUACAUAUGGACCCCAUCGACCUGAGAAUGGCAUCAGUGCGUGAGGCUCGCAAUGCGGAGCGGCGCUUCUGCUUUGAGGUCAUUACCCCGAAUUUCAAGCGCGUCUAUCAAGCCACAUCGGAAGAAGACAUGAACAGUUGGAUAAUAUCCAUCAACAAUGCCUUGCAAAGCGCCGUCGAAGGCAGAAGUGGCCGUGAAAGAUAUGCAGCGCCAGCAAACACAAGCACUGAAUCAUCCAUGAAAAGAGACAUUGGCUCUAUUCUGACUGGCAAGACGCAGUCCCUGAUGCAUAGCAGCAGUCAUUCUCACAACAGUUCUUCGAGCGGCAUCCCUUUCCGCAGAAUUACUGUCGGCGCUCGACCCGUACCCGUUCGGACGCACAGCUCGGGGUACGACGAGAACCCUGAUCAACUGCUGCAAAUGCUUCGAGACAAUGACCAAGGCAAUCACUGGUGCGCUGACUGUGGAUCGGGCUCCAAGGUAGAGUGGGUGUCCAUCAACUUGGGUAUCAUCCUCUGCAUUGAGUGCAGCGGUAUCCAUCGAUCACUGGGCACUCAUAUCAGCAAGGUGCGAUCAUUGACUCUCGAUAUCAAGUCUUUUACUGUCGAUAUAGUCGAAUUGCUCAUUUUGAUCGGAAAUCGGGUUUCAAACAUGAUUUGGGAAUCGACUCUGGAUGUCGCUGCGAAACUUGCCCCGCAGGCAAGUCGCGAGCUCCGACUUAGGUUUAUCACCAACAAAUAUGUCAACCGAAGCUAUGUGCGACCAAUCUCAUCAACUUUGUCGCACUACGCCACGCCGGAUGAGACACUACUCGCAGCCAUUAAAAGGAACGAAAUCCAGCAGGUUUUAUACGCUCUAGCGCUCAAGGCCAACCCCAACGCUGUCGACAAGAUGAGGGGGACGCAUGCAGUGUGGUUGGCGCUGGCAGCGGCUGACCCAGCGUCACCAUCACCAAUGCCAGCUGCGGCGGGAGAUCAGGACGGGAAGCAGGUACCGUUUCCGGUGGCAGAAUUAUUGACGCAGAAUGGGGCCGAGAUCCCGUCAACACUCCCUGCCUUCCCGCUGGGCCGCUUCGCACAGCUGUACGUUCAGCAAAAGCAGGGCAAGACUCGAGCAGGAAUUAGAGACUCGGCCCAGGUGCUCUCUAGCAACGGGCACGAGGUGGAAAGAACACGUUCGGAAGCUACCAAACUACAGAAGCGCAUAAGCGCAGGUGGGAGACUGGCCAGGUCGCCGAUUCCCGAGAAAUAG